AUGGGUCUCGAGCUUGAGAUCACCACGCUCAAUCUCCUCUGUACCGCCUUUGGUCUCUUCUUCCUCCCAUAUGGUACUUUCUCGUAUCUCAUCAAAGAGCGUCUCUUCCUCGGCGAGGCGCCGCUUGCCGUGCUCAUCGGUAUCGGUUUGGGUCCCUAUGGUCUCGGUGGCAUCUUCAACUGGGCUUCCAAAGAAGUCGCCAUCGACGAGAUCUCCCUUGGACUAUGUCGAGUCGUCAUCGGAAUCCAGCUCACGCUGGUCGGUGUGCAGCUUCCGUACAAGUACCCUUGGAUCGAGCUGCGCAGUCUGGUAAUUUUGCUCAUCCCUAUCAUGACGGUCAUGUGGCUCGCAACCACGCUCUGCAUCUGGCUCGUCAUCCCAUCGCUACCGGUUCUGGCAGGGUUGGUGAUUGCGACUUCUGCUACACCUACCGAUCCGGUUCUGUCGAAUGCGAUCGUUAAGGGCGCCUUUGCAGAUCAGUACGUUUCUCCACGCAUUCGUAACUUGAUCUCGGCAGAGAGUGGAGCCAACGAUGGCUUUGGCUACCCUUUCCUCUUCCUCGCUGUCCAUCUCCUCAAGUACGAGAGCACAACUCAGGCUCUUACAGCGUGGAUCUUUGAAACCUGCCUGUAUACUGUCGGAGGUGCCAUCGUUUAUGGCAUCGUAGUGGGCUACGUCUCUCGAAAACUCAUCGAGUUCUCCACAGAUCGCAACCUGAUUGACAAGGAAAGCUUCUUGCUCUUCGGUUCAGCCAUGGGUGUUUUGAUCAUUGGAUCAGGUGGAGUGCUACAGAUCGACGAUUUGCUGGCCGCUUUCGUCGCAGGAAAUGCUCUCUCAUGGACCGAUUUCUACAGGGAGCAGUGCGAGGAAUCGGAAGUGGACAACAGUCUCGACCUGCUACUCAAUCUCGUCUUCUUCAGCUUUCUCGGCGCUACUAUCCCAUGGAAUGCCUUCAACGACCCCGACAACGGAAUCACACCAGGACGGCUAGUGCUCUUGUGCAUCCUCGUGCUCUUGUUCCGACGACUGCCGGCGAUGCUAGCAUUCUACCGCUACGUUCCGACACUUCACGAUGUCUCGGAAGCAUGCUUUGUAGGGUACUUUGCUCCUAUCGGUGCCGGUGCGCUGUUCUAUCUCGGCGUCAUCUUGGACGAGUUCAAGCCAGAGGACCCUUCACCUGUAGCGGAACGUAUUCGAAUAUUGGCGAAACCGAUCACGUAUGCGCUCAUUCUGUCUUCGAUCAUCGGCCACUCUCUCGCCAUACCGUUGGUCAAGAUCGCGUUCAGUUACUUUGACGUCAAAUCGAUCAAGCUUGCUGGCGAGUCUGAUUCGGAAGACGAUGGUAAGGAAGAGGAUGAUGAGAGCGAUGGAGAGUCUCUAGGCGGGGACAGCGAUGCCGACGGUGCGGAUGAGGCUGUUGGUUCUCGCGACUAUGCUCGACCUGUUCGCAAUGGAAGGGAGGAGGAGCAAACGGAGAAUGCGUACGAACGAGGAGCGCAUCUCGAUCCACGUCAAUCGCACCGCUCGACCGAUUCUCGACGCAGCUCGCGUGCAGACAGCGAACAUUCGGGGUCGUUCCAACAUUCGAGCGUGCAUCGUCCGGAGCACCAUCAUCGCACGAGUCACAGGGAAGAUGAAGAGACGAGCGGCGCGUAUCACAAUGACGGAUCUUGGGACGACCACGCUUCGUGGCGCGUGUCGAGUGGUCACAAGUUGGGUCCGCAUCAUCGGUUGAGGAGGAACGAGCAGACGGGUCUGCUCGAAUUGGAUCCGCGAGUGUAUACAGUGGACCAUGGAGCGCCGUCGCACUCGCGACGACGUGGCGGUGGGGGUGGAAGGGCGAGGAGUGGCAGUCGGGUGAGGACUGGGCGAGGGAGCGGGGACGAUUCUCAGGGGUUGCUGGAGGAGGGCCGUCGUCGGAUAGGGUAUGGCGCUUCGUAUGGUAGCACGGACGAUCGCUGA